AUGGCAGCUGUGGUGACGGGACACAAGCGCUGGACACAGGCUAGCCCGAGAGAGGCCGGGCGGACGGCAGCGUCCGGCAGCCAGCCCGCGCCCACCAUGUUCAACCAGCAGGACCACCUGAAGGCGCACCUGCCGGAGGGCCUGCCGGCCGGCCGCCAGCUCUUCCGCUGCCAGGACUGUGGGAAGCAGUACAACACCCAGCUGGGCUACCGCCGCCACCUGGUGGCGUCCCACAGCGCCGCCGCCGCCGCCGCCACGGGCCUGUCCUGCCCCGAGGAGCCCCCGUCCCUCCUGGAGACGCUGGGGGAGCACGGCGAGCGCCCCCCGCCCGCGGAGGGCGGCGCCGGCGUGGCGGUGCGGGAGCGGAAGUACUCGUGCGAGCGCUGCGACCGGCGCUUCUACACGCGCAAGGACGUGCGGCGCCACGCCGUGGUGCACACGGGCCGGCGGGACUUCCUGUGCCCGCGCUGCGCCCAGCGCUUCGGCCGCCGCGACCACCUGACCCGCCACCUGAAGAAGAGCCACGCCCAGGAGGCGGGGCUGGUGUCGCCCUGCGGGCCCAGCCCGCCGGUGGCCGCCCACUGCCCCGUGAAGGAGGAGCCCAGCCCCGCCGGCCCCGAGAUGGCGCCCGUCUCCAAGGAGCCCAUGGAGGCCUUCGGCCGGGACGGGGGCGCCUCCUACCCGCUGGCCAGCCCCGUCUCCGGGAUGGCCCCCCCCCACGGCCUCAUGCAGGGCUCCCUGUCCUCCGGCAUGGGCAUGGGGCACCACAUGUCCCCGCAGCCCUCCCCCCACCACCACCACCACCACCACCACCCCCCCCACCACAACAUGCAGCCCCCGGCCGCCGCCCUGCAGCAGCCCUACGCCAACGUGUCCCGCUACCAGCACGGCUCUACCUCGUACCCCCGCUCCGACGUGGACAGCUUCCUGCUGGACCUGCAGAGCGCGCCCCCCCCUCCGCUCGGCUCGGUGGGCUCCUCGGGCUCCCCUCAGAGGGAGGUCCUGGGGGAGGGCGUGGGGAGCCCGGAGCUGUCCUGCACCACGAACAUGGACCUGGGCCCCCUGCUGAGCUUCCUGCCGUUCAGCCUGCCCCCCUACAACCCUCACAUGGGGAUGGGGGGCCUGGUGAUGAGCUACCCGCCGGCCGCCGCCUCCACCGCCGCCACCUCCCCCCCCCCCUCCGCGGGGCUGUCUUCCCAGGCGGCGGGGCCCUUCUCCUUCUUCCAGCCCCCGCAGCCCCACGUGCCGCAGGGCCCCGCGGGCCACAGCCACAGCCAGCUACCUCAGGCCUACAGUCCUGCUAUGAGCACUUCCAGCUCCCUACCUCACUACUACCAGGCCUUUCAGCAACCUGUUGGUGGACCCCGGACUCGUCACAGCUGCCCAAUGCUGAAAGCCCCCCCAGACCCCGGCUCCUCCCCCCACAGAGGCCCUUAUUGUGAAGACGGCCUGACGCGGGCGGGGGUCCGCCUCACGGGGGUUAGAAACCAAACUGAAACGCACCGCGGCCCGUCGUCUACUGCUGCAAACGGAGCCUCUCUUAUUCUGACGGCGGGCCAAUCUCAGGACGAGUGUCAGCUCUGGCUGCGGGUGGCCAGAGGAGGGGGACCCCCGGGAGCCCCCCGGCCCCGCCCAGGGGUUCAGGGGCCCCGUGCGCCGGGCUGUGCUGGACGUGGCGUGUGUUGUCGGUGCGUGGAGCUCUGCCCGUGUGGCCGGCCUCUGCCCGGGGGCUCCAGGGAGACCCUAACCCUAACCCUCAGACCGGGCGGGUGA